GUCGCAUCCUCUCGUUUUGGUCCUCCUUUGGCGAUCGAUUGAUUUGAUCGUCGUCAACCCUGCCGCCCAUCCUGCCGUCCGUCCUGCGAUUGCCCGUCCAAGAGCCUCCGGCGACACUCUCGGCUCGGCCACCCUCGGCGAUCGCUCCCACAACUGCUCCAGCUGUAUCGACCCUGGCAGAUUCCAUCGCCUCGAAUCCUGUCCAAGUUGCGCAACCCCUCGUCUCUGUUGUUGUCUGUUUCUGUGAUUAUCCCGCUGCCGCCGCCUCUCUGCGCCCCAUCAAGCCCUCAUGUCCAAUUCAUCGUAUCGGCUUUCGUCAUUUGACCCGAUUCUUAUCGUGGCACAGAUAGUGACGCUCCAAUGUCUCUACUAUCUGUCGCUGUCGCUCAUCAUCUUUGUCAUGGAGCUUCUGACCGGCUCCUCAGUCACCAUUCGCCACAUCUUGGGCUCCUCUGAGAUCCGGACGGACACAGUCCUGGGCUGGGCCAUCUUUUUCUCGUUCCUGCUCAAUUCGUGUAUCGGGAGCUACUCGUUACUCGUUGUCGUCCAACGCGCCAAGCUGUGCCUCGACUUUGCGAGCACCCUGCACUUUUUCCACCUCAUCAUCUGCACGCUCUAUUCCCGGCAGCUGCCAAACUCGUUCCUGUGGUGGAUCAACUUUGUGCUGUCCCUCGUCGGCAUGUCCCUCGGCGGCGAGUACCUGUGCAUGCAGAUGGAGCUGCGGCCAAUCACCCUGGGCAACCCGCUGGGCGCUCUGGACCUGACGUCCGGGCCGUCGAACGCAGCUGCCGCUGCUGCGGCCUCGAAGCGAACGCGGGCAAACGAUCCUCGGGCGGACGAGUUUGAACUGGAGCGGCUCCAUCCCGCCAUGGAGGAGCCGUAGUUCUCGCUUGGCCCUCAGCAAGCCUUGUUCUCUGGGCCCAAAUCAUACUCCCUUCCUCCUCACUCACUCAUGGCUGUUCCGUUGCUUUGCAUUCCUCCCGUCUCCCUUUACCCAUGCACCGGCAGUACCCUCCCCCGCGCGCUCGGGCCACCCGGCCUGUUACUCGAUGCCUAUGUGAAUAUAUCCGCGCGUGCCGCCUUUGCUCCAGCAAUG